AUGGCCAAUCAACACCACCACAACCAUGGCCAAAACGGCCAAAAAGACACCCAAGUAGUAGUAGUAAUGGUGCCACCACCAGCUCAAGGCCAUCUCAACCAGCUCCUCCACCUCUCCCGCCUCAUCACCGCCUACAACCUACCAGUCCACUACGUGACCCCCACCACACACAACCGCCAAGUCAAGCUUCGCGCCCAAGGUUGGGACCCUCUCGCCAUCACCAACCUCCACUUCCAUGAAUUCCCAAUCAGUUCCUUUGUCUCUCCUCCGCCAGACCCUAAUGCCUCCUCCCCCCACCCCGCUCAAAUGUUACCAUUAUUUCGAGCCUCAUUAAGCCUUCGAGAGCCAGUCGGCUCUCUUCUCCGAUCACUCUCCUCCACAACUGAAAGAGUCAUCGUUAUUCAUGACUCUUUAAUGGUUCCGUGGUCCAGGACGUCCCUUCAAUAUCGAACGCAGAGUCUUACUGCUUUCAAAAGAUUUUGGGACAUCCUUCCACAGGUCAAUGAAGCCGUCUCUAUCGGUGUCAAUCUCGAUCAUUGUGCGAUGGAGCUCGUCCGGCAACGUCUUGGAGCCUAG